AUGCCACAGGCUGCAGAUGACCUGGACGUCACGAGCACCGUCAUCAGCCCCUCCUUCCGUUCGGCGCCCUGGAACCAGGAGGCCAAGGCCACCUUGGCGGGUGAGCCCGAGCCAUCCUCCCAAACCCUGGUCUUGUUUGUGAGCGAGAGCGGGGUCUGCCGCUCAGCCCUGGCCGCCGCCGCCUUCCAGGCCGCGAUCCAGGCUGUGGGGCUGGAGGACAGGGUGCGCUGCCAAGCGGUGGCCACCCAGUCUUUCAACGUGGGCGAGGGUCCGGAGCGCGCUGCCGUCACCGCGGCGCGCGCCAGGGGCCUCGAGAUCCCGCCUGACUUCGCUGCCCGCCAGUUUGACCCGGGGGCUGACAUGGCGCGGUGCGACCUGGUGCUCGUCAUGGACAAGUUCACCGCCUCUGACGUCCUGCGGGAGGCGAGUGGGCUGGCUGUGGGGUUUGGGGGGUUGACCCCGUGGGUGUCUGCCGACGCUGAGCAAGGAAGGGCCAACACCGGUAUCACGGUCUUCGACUCCAUCGACACCGAGGGGCGGUACAGCACACGCGUGCGCUACUUGCGCCAGUUCCAGCCAGACAGCCCGGAGGGCAUGACCGAGAUCGAGGACCCACUCUACGGCAACACCGGGGGCGCGGGCGAGGCCGCCGCGAUGAGCGCCGCCGCCUCCCUCAUCGUGCCCUCCUGCCAGGGCCUGGCGGCCUUCCUGGCCGACCUUAACGCGGGGUGCGAAGACGGCGCGGCCCUGAAGGCACGCCUCGCGGAGACCGUGGAUGGCAUGCAGGGCAUCGACUGGCUGGUGCCUCCCCUUCUCCGCGCCGGCACCUAG